AUGGCGUCCACGGCUCACCAGAAACUCCACUAUUCUACAUCUCAUACUCGAACACUAGAUCUCACCUCCUUCCGUUCCUAUCUCCCUUUGGCACUUACCGAUUCUUCUCCCUUCCCCGAGACAAACGUCGGUUACCUAAACUCAAAUCGUCUAAGGAUACCUGCUCCACCAUUUUCUGAAAGGUGUGCCUCCAGAGCCAUUCAAAGGAAUAGAAUGAGGAACUUGAUCAUCUACUGUAGGUGUGCCUCCAGAGAUUCAUCAUCUACUGCAGGUGAAUCAAUUGAUUUACACGAAGCCAUGGAGAAAGCAAUUUCUAGAAGCGAGGGUUCAUGGUCUGGUUCUUUUUUAGAUUCUAUAUCAACUGUACAGAAAGCUUUAGCCACUGAAGCCCAUUUUGGAGAUGCAAAAAUAAACAGAGCAUCAUUGAAGAUUGGAGAAAAGAUUGCAUCUGGAUCUUGUGGAGAUUUGCUUGUUUUUGACCACGAAAGGGAGGAUCUUUUGGGACGCCAUGAUGCCCCUGUUCAUUGUAUCGAGUACUCUUAUGCAACUGGGAGACUGGACAAAACUUUGAAGUGUUGGGACCCACGUGGUGGAGGUGCACAGGAGCGUGCUCUUGUGGGGACAUAUGGAAAACCAGAGAGAGUUUAUUCUAUAUCACUUGUUGGAAACCGUGUAGUAGUCGCAACUGUUGGAAGACAUGUUAAUGUGUAUGAUUUGAGGAAUAUAUCUCAACUUGAACAAAGAAGAGAGUCUUCAUUGAAAUAUCAAACUAGAUGUGUUCAAUGUUAUCCUAAUGGCACUAGGUAUGCACUUAGCUCUGUGGAAGGUCGUGUUGCAAUGGAGUUUUUUGAGCUUACUGAGACUGGUCAAGCCAAAAAAUAUGCAUUCAAGUGUCAAAGUAAAUCAGAAGCUGGAAGAGACAUUAUUUACCCUAUAAAUGCCAUUGCAUUUCACCCUAUGUAA